AUGUCAAUGUCUACAUCAAUGUUAUCCGUUUUGUCUGAAGAUCUUCUGGUUCGUAUCUACGGGUUUUUAGACCCACCGUGUCGGAAAACAUGGCGUUUAAUCAGCAAAGAGUGUCUCCGAGUCGACUCGUUGAGUCGUACCACGAUCCGACUCCUCCGAGUCGAGUUUCUCCCGGCGCUUCUCCUCAAGUACCAAAACCUCUCUUCCCUCGACCUAUCCGUCUGUCCUAAACUCGACGACGAUGUCGUUUUAUGUUUAGCAUUAGACGGCACGGUUUCUACGUCAGGCAUUAAGUCGCUCAACCUGAGCCGAUCCACCGCGGUUCGAGCCAGGGGACUUGAGACGUUGGCUCGUAUGUGUCACGCUCUUGAGCGCGUUGACGUGUCUCACUGUUGGGGUUUCGGCGACAGGGAAGCGGCGGCGCUGUCGUCUGCCAAGGGGCUGAGGGAGCUGAGGAUGGAUAAGUGUUUGAGUUUAAGCGACGUUGGAUUAGCGAGGAUCGUUGUUGGAUGUGGUAAUCUGAAUAAGAUUAGCUUAAAAUGGUGUAUGGAGAUCUCUGAUCUUGGGAUUGAUCUUCUCUGUAAAAUUUGCAAAGGAUUGAAAUCUCUCGAUGUCUCUUAUCUUAAGAUCACGAAUGAUUCGAUUCGUUCUAUAGCUUUGCUGCCAAAGCUUGAGGUUUUAGAUAUGGUAAGCUGUCCUUUGAUAGAUGAUGUUGGGUUACAAAUGCUAGAGAGUGGUUCUCCUUCAUUACAGGAGAUCGAUGUAACAAGGUGUGAGCGUGUGAGUUUGUCUAGCUUGAUCUCUAUAGUUAGAGGCCAUCCUGAUAUUCAAGUCCUUAAAGCCAGUCACUGUGUAUCAGAAGUUUCUGCAAGCUUCUUACAGCACAUAAAAGAUUUGAAGCAUCUCAAGGUUAUAUGGAUUGAUGGAGCUCGUGUUUCUGAUUCCUCUCUUGUAACCUUAAGCUCUAGCUGUAGAUCCUUAAUGGAGAUUGGAUUGAGCAGAUGUGUUGAUGUAACGGAUAUUGGGAUGAUGGCACUUGCACGCAACUGUUUGGACCUGAAAACUGUAAAUCUGGCGUGCUGCGGAUUUGUGACAGAUGUAGCCAUCUCUGCUUUAGCUCAGACUUGCCGGAAUCUGGAGAUUUUGAAGUUAGAGUCUUGUCAUUUGAUAACAGAAAAAGGUCUUCAAUCGCUCGGAUGUUACUCCAAGCUUCUUCAAGAACUCGAUCUUACUGACUGUUGUGGCGUAAAUGACAUAGGGCUAGAAUAUAUCUCAAAGUGUUCAAAUCUUCAAAGAUUGAAACUUGGACUCUGCACAAAUAUCUCAGACAAAGGGAUCUUUCAUAUUGGUUCCAAAUGCUCGAAGCUUCUAGAACUUGAUCUAUACCGCUGUGCCGGUUUUGGAGAUGAUGGUUUAGCAGCUUUGUCUCGAGGUUGCACGAGCUUGAACCGACUCAUUCUAUCGUACUGCAGUGAACUAACGGACACUGGGGUUGAACAAAUCCGCCAGCUAGAACAUCUGAGUCACCUUGAACUACGAGGGCUAAAGAAUAUAACCGGUGUUGGUUUAGCUGCAAUAGCGUGCGGCUGCAAAAAAUUGGGCUACUUGGACCUGAAACUCUGCGAGAAUAUUGAUGAUUCGGGUUUCUGGGCACUAGCUUACUUCUCAAGAAACCUAAGACAGAUAAACUUGUGCAAUUGCUCGGUGUCUGAUAAGGCUUUAUGCAUGUUGAUGAGCAAUCUGAGUCGGGUUCAAGACGUUGACUUAGUUCAUCUGAACCGUGUGACUGUAGAAGGGUUUGAGUUUGCUCUGAGAGCCUGUUGCAAUAGGCUCAAGAAGCUUAAACUACUCGCACCUCUCAGAUUCUUGCUCUCAUCAGAAUUGCUCGAGACGCUUCAUGCUCGUGGUUGCCGCAUUAGGUGGGACUGA